AAACUGGUAGCAAGCCCGUCUUGCUUGUGUGUUUUGAUAAGCAGCUGAUAACAAUCGGAGUUCUGCCAGUACAUAAAGCACAAUCUGCCACAGUCUGGCAGCCCUGCAAGGAACUCUUUGCACCUUCUCUCUAAAUUCUGGAAAUACUCCAAGAUGCUUCCUGCAGCCUUCAUCCUCAUCUUUGCUCUCCACCCAACAGUGGGUUUUGACAUAAGCUUGUCCACCAAGUGUGUCGCUAUCCCCAAGGAACUAUACCAGUGCCACGACAUCAGCUCCUCAGAAAUGAGGUUGCCCAAUUUAAUGGGACACACCAGUUUGGAAGAAGUCGUGGUGAAAUUUGCUGGAUGGGAGACUCUGGUGCAAACUGGCUGCCAUCCUCACGCAAGGACAUUUUUCUGCUCUCUCUUCGCACCUAUCUGUAUGGACAUAUUCAUCCUCCCUUGCCGAAGCAUGUGCCUUGCCAUUCGGGAAAGCUGUACUCCUGUCCGGAGUUGCCAAGGACACCCCUGGCCCAGCAAUUUGAACUGUGAUCGGUUUCCAACAGAUGAGGACAGUUGCCUUCCAUCCCUCACCAAAGAAUCAAAACCAUUUCCCAGAGUAUUUCCAACAGCUACUUGCCAGGAUUGUCCCGAAAUUGAAGAAUUCAGUGCAAACAAAAGAGCGAUAAACAGUAUUUGUGCCAAUAGUUUUGCAGUCAAGGUGAAACUGUCUAGGAAUCAAUUGAUCUUCAAGGUUCAAGAACACAAUAUUGACUGCCAAGUCAAGUUCCUUAACCAGGGGUUGCUCUUGUCUUCCGAAGCUUGCAGUGCGAUGAAGCAAUGGUUACUGAUCAAUGAAAACUGUACUCAGCAAAUGAGCCAGGCUUGCCAUGCCAUGGCAUAUCUCAUUGUGGGGGCCAUUCAACAAAGCAGCGUCUUAGUCAACCGGGUGUAUUGUUGGCCAAGGCAGGAUUCCCAUCUGAGUUUGGCAACUUGGAAAUGGAGGCAUCAUAAGUGUUUAUAGCUCACUGUUGUAUCAUUUUAUCAUUUGUAUGUGUCAGGAUGGGAAUAUGUGAGCAACACACAAACAUUUUUUAAAGUUAUCUUCUAGCCUUCCAAAAGUGGAACAGGUAAACUAUAAUGGAUGGUGAAAAUGACUUCUUUUGACCUUCUGAAAUUGUUUAUGUUUAUAUUAGAGUUUUAAUUGAUCCACAUGCAGAAUCCAUACAGAUUGUGCGCAACCAUAUUCCAGAACCAAUCUGGAACUAUUAAGGUUCAAUCUGUUUUGAUGCAAAUGGUGACAGCCAUAUUGAAAUGGGGUACAGUAGAGUCUCACUUUUCCAACAUUCACUUAUCCAACGUUCUGGAUUAUCCAAUGCAGUCUGCCUCCCGCCCGGAUCCAUAACUGAUUCUCUUGGCAGCAAGGACUGAACUUUUUACGGAUUUAAUUUCCAACAAUAUUAUUACUGUAUGUUAAUUUUAUGCAAUUCUAUCUUUAUUUGUAGUCAAUUUGUUAAUAGCAAAAGUUUUUGUAGUCAAUGUUUUCAAUACAUUGCAAUGUUUUGGUGCUAAAUUUGUAAAUACAGUAAUUACUACAUAACGUUACCAUGUAUUGAACUGCUUUUUCUGUCGAUUUGUUGUAAAACAUAAUGUUUUGGUGCCUAAUUUGUAAAAUCAUAAUGUAAUUUAACGUUUAAUAGGCUUUUCCUUAAUCCCUGCUUAAUAUCCAACAUUUUCACUUAUCCAACAUUCUGCCGACCCAUUAUGUUGAAUUAGUGAGACUGUACUGUAUGUCCAUAGUGGAUCUUCCAUGUCUGAAGCACAUCAGGGGCUGUCCCUCCAUAUUUUAGAAGCAUCUUGUAAAUAUACAUUCAUUUAAAUACAAUGUAAAGCCUUCUAGGAACGUCUUUAUCAGAUAUAAUGGAAUCAAUAACAAUUUGGUUCUGCAUUUUACCUGUUAUGAGUGUAAAUAUUUUUUUCCUCCUGUGAUUAUCUUAACAUUAAGAUGUUGACGGCACAACAUGAUUUCUUUUAAAUGUUUAGAAAUAUGAAUUGUUUAGAACUGUGUUCAUUUUGAUUAACAUCUCAUUAAAAAUUGCUUAUAAAGUGCAUGAGAUCUUAAUUUGGCUUCUUUGGAUAUGGAUGUCUCCUUUUUAAGAUGUUGUUGUCUUGACAUUUAUGACUAUGGCUCUCCUAGGGUUGCCAGGCAUCUCUUAUUACAAUAAAGGUAAAGGUUUCCCCUGG